AUGUACGAGAGGUACAAGGACGAGAUCCUCUUCGUCGGCAUCUCCAGCUUCGAGGAUUUCCCGCUGCCGCCCCCGAACCCGUACUCGGGCAAGUUCCCGAAGGACAAAUACGUAGGGCCGCGGGCCCUCCGCGCCGGCCGCGGGCAGAGGCGGAUGGCCCUCGGCUCGCGCCCGCCGGUCGCGAUGCGGCCCGCGCCCCCGCGGACGGACUGGUUUAGGGAGCUGCUCGGCUUCCGGGAGGUCGACGAGGCCACAGUGAAGGCGAACCUGCGCCUGGAGGGGAGCACGCUGCACUCCAAGGCCAACGGCAAGAGCUUCGAGGUGGGCGUCUUCUCGACGCCUUCGCUCGAGGAGCUGCGGGAGCAGGGGCGCCGGGCGCUGGCGGAGGCGGGCGCCGCCGCCCUCGCGGCCGCCAGCCUGGCCGGCGCGCCCGCCGUGCGGCACGCCUUCGGGGACGCGGCGGAGCUGCACGCGCAGGGGGAGAACCGCCGCGCCCUGUUUCAGGUCGCCUCGCAGUUCAACUGCCUGGAGUUCGUCGGGCCGAGCUGCACGCCGGAGAUGGGCGUCACGGGCUACGCGAGCGACCGGACCCAGGGCCCUUGCUGCGCGAUAGCAUGCGGCGCUGGCACCGUCUACAGGAACUACCUGGCGCCCGUUCGCGACCCGUCGGGCGGGCCGCCGCGCGAGGGACAGCGGGCGGACAGCCAGAUCGAGUGCCUCCGCGACCUGACGGGCGAGCUGGCCGGCGGCGAGGCUGCGCCGCCCGCGGGCUAUUUUAGGGUGAGGGGCGGUUACACUUUGGCCGAGGACCGCGGCCUCAGGAGCCUCAACGACAAGUUGGGGAAGCUCAGCGAGGUCGAGCUCGACCGCCUGCGUUCGAAGCUGCGCGUCGGCGUGCAGCAAGACCUGCAGGUAACCAGCACCUCCUGGGGCUCGCGGCAGCUGCGCGACCCCGAGCAGCUAGUGACGCAGGCCUUCUGCUCGGCAUGCUCGGUGGCAUACUCCAGGAAUGGCACGGCCCUCUGGGAGCCAUUCGCAAGGCUCGUUCUGGAGGCGUCUUAUGAGGCCACUCUGUGGGCAGCGGUGGCAUCCGCGCUCGCCCACAACGGCCUCCUGGGCUCCCGGCGCGUCUUCUUGACCGCAGUGGGCGGUGGAGUCUUUGGCAAUAGCAUGGAGUGGGUCGCUGCUGCCAUCGACCGGGCAGUGGAGAAAGUGUGCUUGAGCAACAGGAUAGCCCUGGACAUCUUCCUCGUGUCCUACGCCUCCCCGGCGGACCGCUGGUUCGAGGCCCUCGUGCGCCGCCACGGCGCCGACCGCGCCAGCGCCGUGGCCUCGGCCCACCCGCCCGUACCCCACGGCGGAAGGGCCCCGGCCGACCGCCGCGGCCCCGAGGCGGCAGCGGCGGUGGCACCGGCAGCCAGGCCGGGCGCUGCAGAAGCCCGCGGGGAGGGUGCGCGGGGCCGCCCCCACAGCGACGGGGACGCGGCCGACCGCCGCGGCCACGAGGCGGCGGCGGCGGCGGCCUCGGCGGCGAGGCCGGGCGCCGCGGAGGAGGGCGCGCGAGUCCGAUGCGGGGUGAGGCGGGAGGACAUCGCGCGGCUUUUCGCCCCCCGCGGCGCCCGCGCCGCUGGCGACGGCGGCGGCGCCGGCGCCAGCUCGCGGGAGGCCCUGGAGCGGCUCGGUAAGCGGCCGUCGGGCGACGACGUCGAGGUCGUGGCCGUGUCGAAGCGCCCGCGCGCACUCGACGACCGGCAGGAGGGCGUGUCCGCGGCCGAGGUCGCGCCGCGCACGACGGCUCCAGCGGCGGCGGCUUCGGCACCGGCGGCGGGCUCGGCUCUGGGCCCCACCAGUCGGCGGGUGGUCUGGCUGUCCGUGAACCCGACUGGAGGCAUCGACCUGUACCCGGGCAACGUGGCCUUGAAGCUGGAGGCGGCCGUCGAGAAGGCGACCCUGGACGCCAAGACCAUCAAGGUGUCGCUCUCUGGUCUCGGGGCCUUCCCCGACGGCGCCAUCAUCGAGGUCGGCGCCUCAGGGAGGCCGCUGGUGCAGCUGACCAGGGGCGGCGCGCGGGACGUGCGCCGCCUGGAGCUGGCCACGGACAGCCAGGACGCCAGGGUGCUGGUGGCGAAGAGCGCCGGGGCCGCCGGGGCGUGGAAGAUCUCGGACGAGGCGGUCCCCGGCGUCACCGAGGAGCGCCGCGUCGUGCUGCCCCCCGUCUGGCGCGUCUUCUAG